AUGGCCGCUUUGCAGCCUCUGGCCCAGCUGCUUGAUGCCAGUCUCGACCCCCGUCAGAACAAGGAAGCCGAACUCAAGAUCCGCGCCGAAGAAAAGAAGCCGGGGUUUGCGCUGUCUCUACUUCAAAUCACGGCCUCCGACGAGUUCAAGUACAAUACACGGCUUGCCAGUGCCCUCGCCUUCAAGAACUUCAUUAAACGCAACUGGACCGAUGUGGAGGGGAACUACCGUCUCCCCCAGCAAGAUGUCAGUGCAAUCAAAACCGAAAUCGUGGGGCUCAUGAUAUCUGUGCCGCGGGGCAUUCAAACACAGCUGGGUGAAGCGAUCAGCGUAAUCGCAGACAGUGACUUCUGGGAACGAUGGGACACGUUGGUCGAUGAUCUGGUAUCCCGGUUGAAACCAGGUGACCCGAUAGUCAAUGCGGGGGUUCUCCAGGUCGCCCAUUCCAUCUUUGCACGGUGGCGCCCAUUGUUUCGAUCUGAUGAACUGUUCACCGAGAUCAACCAUGUCCUUACAAAGUUUGCUCAACCUUUCCUCUCGUUGUGGCAGAGUCUUGAUGUCUACAUCGAGAGCCAUAGCAAUGAUAAGGGAGCCAUUCAGAACGCUUUUGCAGAACUCGACCUGAUUCUUCUGCUCUUCUAUGACCUGUCCUGUCAGGAUCUGUCACCUGUUUUUGAAGACAACCUGGCGGGAAUAUCAAACUUGCUAUUGAAAUAUCUCUUGUACCAGAACCCUCUCCUGCAGACCGACGAUGAAUCCGAGGCUGGUCCGUUGGAGAACACGAAAGCAAACAUUUUCGAGGCACUGUCCCUCUACAUCGCCAAAUAUUACGAUGAUUUCUCCAAACAUGUCCCAAGUUUCGUGGAGAGCUCCUGGAAUCUUUUGACGACGACUGGACCGGAACCCAAAAAUGACAUUCUCGUCAGCAAGGCUCUUCACUUUCUGACGCAGGUGGGAGGGAUUAAUGAACAGGCGCAAACUUUCAACAAUCCCAACAUUCAGACCCAGAUUAUUGAGAAGGUCAUCCUUCCAAAUGUGGCGCUGCGAGAUUUGGAUGUCGAAAUGUUUGAAGACGAACCCAUCGAAUUUAUCCGUCGAGAUCUCGAAGGAUCCGAUAGCGAAACUCGUCGAAGGGCAGCGGGAGAUUUCUUACGCCAGCUGAGUGACCAAUUCGAGCAAUCCGUGACUGCAAUUGCCAUCACUUAUGUUCAGAAAUGCGUUCAAGACUUCACGAGCAAUCCUCAGGACAACUGGAGAGCCAAAGAUACCGCGGUGAGCUUGUUCCACGCGAUUGCCGCCAAAGGAAGCACAACAUCCACGCAUGGAGUGACCAAGACGAAUCCUCUUGUUGAUAUCGGCGACUUCUUUUCAAAAAAUCUUGCCAGUGACCUGCAGGAUCAGCAUACCCAGCCUCUGAUCAAGGUGGAUGCCAUCAAAUAUCUUUACGUGUUUCGAAGUAUCAUCACCAAAGAUCAGUGGCAACAAGUCAUGCCGCUACUGGUCAAUCUGCUAGGAGAUUCAAACUUCUGCGUCUAUACCUAUGCAGCUGUUGCCGUGGAAAGAGUAUUGGCUAUGACCGAUGAGACUGGAAAACCCGUUAUCGACCCAGCCGACAUUAGGCCUCUCGCAAGCAGUCUCCUUGAACAUCUGUUCAGUCUGGUGGAGAAGGACGAAGCAGCCGAGAAGGUCCAGGAGAACGAAUUCAUCAUGCGUUGCAUCAUGAGAGUCUUGAUAGUUCUCAAAGACGGCAUAUCUGCCAUAGCCGAGAGCGUUCUACAACAUCUGACCACCAUAACAACCAUCAUCUCUACCAACCCGAGCAAUCCGAAAUUCUAUUACUAUCAUUUCGAAAGUCUAGGAGCUUUGAUCAGAUUUACUCCAUCGGCACAAUCAGAAGCAUUGGGCGCUCACCUCUUCAACCCGUUUGCAGCAAUUCUUGCGAAUAAUGUGGAGGAAUUUGUCCCUUAUGUUUUCCAAUUGAUGGCAGCUCUCCUAGAGGCUGAGCCUAGCAAACCAUUGCCGGUACAAUACAGACCGCUCAUUGCGCCUAUCCUUGGGCCUACGUUGUGGGAGCAGCGUGGUAAUAUUCCAGCCUUGGUUCGACUGCUGUCUGCCAUCAUUCCCCGAGCUGCUGAUGAACUGAUCUCCGCCAAUCAAGUCGAAGGCGUUCUCGGGAUCUUCCAAAAGUUGGUGUCAACCAAAGUAUUCGAAGGCUACGGGUUUGAUCUGUUGGAGACGGUCAUCUCGACCUUGCCAGCUUCUGCCCUAGAGCAGUACUGGGUUCAUCUGUUGAAUAUCAUGCUUACCCGCCUGCAGGGCAAGCAGUCGCAAGCGUUUCAGAUCCGAUUCGUCAGGUUUUACCACUUCAUCUCGUCGCGCAGCGACAAGGGUCUUGGGGCUGAUUUCUUCGUUGCCGCUACGGAUCGCGUUCAGCAUGAUGUUUUCCGACAGCUCUACUUGGGUAUCAUCCUUCCAAAGACACAAGAGCUGGCUCGUCCUCUUGAUCGGAAGAUUGCCGCCAUUUCAUUAGCCAAGACGCUCGCUGAAUCCCAGGCCUUCGUGGACCGAUAUCCCAAAGGCUGGCCCUUGACGUGUAACGCAUUGCUCAAGCUGCUAGAAGAUCCUCCGUUGCCGCCAAAAGCAGAAGAUACCAUUGCUGAGCUUGAUGUCGAAGACAGUAGUUUCGGUGUUGGUUUCACCCAGUUGAACACCGUCCGACGCCCAAUCAGCGACCCAUUCGCGGACAUUACGGACUUGAGAAAGUGGGUGGGCCACUAUCUCAAGGCUGCUGAUCAGAGGCACGGAGGGAGGAUAGGGCGGGUGGUCAAUGAUAAUCUAAGCCCAGAUGCAAAGAAAGUCUUGAGCGCCUACAUGGCUCUGUGA